GGCCUCCAUUAGAGCUGCAGCUGUUUGGAGAGAAACAACAACAAAAACGGGGCAAGUGACAGAGCGUCCGCCACGGUUGACAGUCCGCUCUGAGCCCGACAAACGAGGCCUCAAACCUGGAAGUUGAACCUCCAUUUCCCACCCAGAGCACCGCCGUCUUCUAACCACGGCCGCUCUCGGUGAGGAAACUCUGGCCUCCGCUUCCUCCUCCUCCGACUCGGACACCGGCGGAGCGUCGCCGCCCCCGCGGAAGAAGCACCGAGCCUCGGCGGCGGAGGGAGCAGGAGAGCCCGGGGCUUCAGCGGUUGUGCCAGGCCUACCCGGAGUUGUCUUGGGACUCGGAGUGCACUCUCAAGCCACAUCGACUAUCCACUUUACCCGAAGUGCCGUCGGCAACCUGAGCAGCAGCAUGCAGGCAAACGGAGCAGGACAGGGGCAGGAAUCAUCGGAGCUUCCCUGCCUGAGCGGAGCACACAACGGCGAGUCGUCGUCGGCAGCCGCGGCGGCCGGUGGAGCGCACUCCAACGGGCUCCUGUUGUCGGACAAUGGGAACGGUGUGGGCACCAGUAAUGGGUCCGCGGCCGGGCCCGCUUGUGGGACUUCUGCCGCCUCCCCCGCGGCCUCGGGCUCCGAGGUGGGCUCGCUGAAAAAGAAAAAGCGGCUAUCGCAGGCGGAGGAAGAUGUCAUCCGGCUCAUAGGGCAACAUCUCCAUGGACUGGGGCUCAAUCAGACGGUGGACCUGCUGAUGCAGGAGUCGGGCUGCAGACUGGAGCACUCCUCAGCAACCAAGUUCCGCAACCAUGUCAUGGAGGGAGAGUGGGACAAGGCUGAGAAUGAUCUCAAUGAGCUGAGAGCACUGAUGCAUUCGCCCAACGCCAUUGUGCGUAUGAAGUUCCUGUUGCUGCAGCAGAAAUAUUUAGAGUACCUGGAGGACGGUAAAGUCCUGGAGGCUCUGCAGGUUCUGCGGGGGGAGCUGACACCGCUCAAGUACAACACAGAUCGCAUCCACGUCCUUAGCGGGUAUCUAAUGUGCAGCCAUGCUGAGGAUCUAAGGGCCAAGGCAGAGUGGGAGGGCAAAGGCACGGCCUCCCGCUGCCGACUGCUGGACAAAUUACAAACGUACCUGCCUCCCUCUGUCAUGCUGCCCCCAAGGCGGCUGCAGACCCUGCUGCGUCAGGCAGUGGAGCUGCAGAGGGACCGAUGCCUGUAUCACAACACCAAGCUGGACAGCAGCCUGGACUCUGUGUCGCUGCUCAUGGAUCACGUCUGCAGCAGGAAACAGUUCCCCUGUUACACCCAGCAGAUUCUGACCGAGCACUGUAACGAGGUGUGGUUCUGCAAGUUCUCCAACGACGGCACCAAGCUAGCCACCGGCUCCAAAGACACCACCGUCAUCGUUUGGCAGGUGGACCCGGAGAGCCACCAGCUGAAGCUGCUGCGGACUCUGGAGGGCCACGCGUACGGGGUCUCCUACCUCGCUUGGAGUCCUGACGACACCUACCUGAUUGCCUGCGGACCUGACGACUGCUCUGAGCUGUGGCUCUGGAAUGUUCAGACCGGGGAGCUGCGGACCAAAAUGUCGCAGUCACACGAGGACAGUCUGACCAGCGUGGCCUGGAACCCCGACGGCAAGCGCUUCGUCACGGGAGGUCAAAGGGGGCAGUUCUAUCAAUGCGACCUGGACGGUAACUUGUUGGACUCAUGGGAAGGUGUCAGAGUGCAGUGCCUGUGGUGCCUGAGCGACGGCAGGACAGUGCUGGCCUCAGACACCCACCAACGUAUUCGAGGGUACAACUUUGAGGACCUGACGGACAGAAACAUAGUCCAGGAGGACCACCCUAUCAUGUCUUUUACUGUUUCCAAGAACGGAAGAUUAGCUGUGUUAAAUGUAGCAACUCAGGGAGUGCACUUGUGGGACCUGCAGGACCGAGUGCUGGUCAGGAAGUACCAAGGUGUGACGCAGGGCUUCUACACCAUCCACUCCUGCUUUGGAGGACACAAUGAAGACUUCAUUGCCAGCGGCAGUGAGGACCACAAAGUGUACAUUUGGCACCGGCGCGGGGAACUCCCCAUCGCAGAACUGACAGGCCACACGCGUACCGUCAACUGCGUGAGCUGGAACCCAACAAUCCCGGGACUCAUGGCGUCUGCUUCAGACGACGGCACCGUGCGCGUGUGGGGUCCCGCGCCUUUCCUCGACCCGCAGGAGGCGGACGGACUCAACGAGAACUGCAGCAACAUGGACAGUUGAUGGACAUUUCUCCUGGAACGACAAUCCGAGAAUUUUCAUCAGUACGUCUAAAAACAACAAAAAAUCCAAACGGGGCAAAACUUCCCACCAACCUACAAGCAACAAGCCACCAAGACAAAAAGACAACGCUGACGUCAGGACUCCGAGAAGUGUCCCGCCGGCUGACCGUGAUGAUGGUGGAGGCGAUGACGGACCAUUUUGGGACGCCCCCAACCCACCCCCCCACCUACUGGCCCGGAGAAGCAGUCCAGCGAGGAUGCCGUACCCACCCACCCACCCACCACUACCACCCAUGGGUGAGCAGCAUAACCCCCCUCCCCCCACUCCCGCCUCCACCGCAGACCAGCCGUCGUCAUUGGACAACACUUGUCUGUACCUGUGUAACAUUUAAAAAGGAUGGUGGGGGCUUUUGGGGGAGGGAAUAUAGCAACUUUUCUAAAUGACACCACGCACAAAAAAGGCUAUUUGUUUUGUUUUUUACUGAUAGUCUUAACAUUAUUCUCAUUAUUAAUAGGAUGGAUUUUGUGGUGGAGAUUCCACUUUAUUUUUCACAGCGUUAAGAAAUCAUACCUCCGUUUCCCUCCCAACCCCUGAAAUUGGUCCUGGCAAUGACUCCACCUGCUGCUGCUGCUACACAACUCCGCUAUAGCAUACAGUGAGGACGGGCAUCACAGGUUGCAUAUCAGUGUGUUUGUGCGUGCGUGCUUGUGUGUGUGUGUGUGUGUUAGUGCGUGCAUUGGGUAUGGGUGGGAGUGGCUUCACUUUGGGAAAAUAAUACUGUGAUCUCCCUACGACAAAAAAAAAGAAACGCUUCUCAUUGCACUCUCUUGUAUGUGUGUGUGCGUGGGUUCGAGUGUUUAAUUUGCACCAGCAAAAGAUUCCAAUUCCCCUUUCUAAUUCCAUAGUAAAAUGGUAAAGCCGAUUUUUAAACCCAAUUCUAAGUUAUCCAAAGCCCUUAGGACCUCGAUCUGUGGAACAAAGAAUACUUGAGAGCCAUUUUGUAACAUUGUUUUGUUUUUCUUUUUUUUUUUUUAUUUAAUUUUAAAUCUGGGGCUUUAAUUUUUACACUUGAUGUGGCAUUUUUCAACUGCACUGUGUUCAGAACCGGUUAAAGAAAGGCAUAUUUCUUUCUAACGAGAAGUAAAUGAUUGUAAUAAUUAGAAGAUAGGAGACACAGAUUACUCUGCAGUGUUAAAGGAAAAGUGAACUUUUUGGGGGGAUUUUGCUCAUCAUCCACAAUCUUUAUGUGAAGCACGAACACACAUAUUUUUAUUUUCUGUGCCUUCUAAAGAUAUAAAAACAGCUAAAAGAAAAAAAAAGAGGCAGCUAAUGAAUGCACGUAAUGGCACCUACAAAGCUUGUUAUUAAAACACCUCCAAAACCCUCCAACAAGGUGUUAUGGUUUUAUAUACAUGCCGUGGCCAUGUAGUAAAAGCUACAUUCAUGAGAACCUACUUUUUUCCCCACUUUGUUAGAAAGGAUGGCGUUUUAUGAAUAAAACAAAUAUAAGUUAAAAUAAUGACACUAUAAACUUUGUGCAAUAUUAAGGUGCUAAAGAAAAUGUACAAAAUGAGGAAUUGGCAAUGAGGUGAAGCAGUAAAACCAAACAAAAAAACAUUGAGCUGAAUUUGCUGAACUUCCUUCAUUGAUUGAUUCCACAAAGCAAAAUAGAAAGGGAUGCGAAUGCUACACCUAGCGUUAACUUGUCCAAAUUCAAAAAGUACAGCAGCAGUGUCGGCAGCUCUAAUAUGUAUACGUUACCGUUCUUUUGUGGCCUGACACGUUGAGAGCAUGGCGCAGUGUCACUAUGCUAGUUGUGUAGUUCUUCUGUAUCUUGGUUAAUAUGCAGGUCACGGAGUGUUGUUGGCACAUUGUUGUGAUUUUUGUGUGUCCCAUUACGUGCAUUCUUAGCUGCCAUUUUAGCAGUUUUUAUAUCUUUAGAAUGCCCAACAAAGAGAAAGUGUGUUCAUGCAUCCCAUAAAGAUUGUGUAUGAUGAGCGAAAUUCCAAAAAAAAGUGUUAUUUCAAUACCUACAUCGCACACACAUACAUGCACACAUAUAUAAUAUAUAACACAAACUGCCUUCCUGUUGGUAUUGUCGCACAAAAACACAAGCAACAAAUACCCCUCCCCCCCGUUUACCAUUCCCUUACUGUUACAAUCGACAUUGGAUUGCAGAUUGGAGUCCUCUAUGCACCUCUCUCCCCCCAAAAAGCAAUGACUGAUUCUCUCGUUGGUGAGCUUUUAGAGAAUUCGACAUCUUCGAGAGCCCCUUUUUUGAGCAGUAUCCAUUCAAGAGCUUUUUUCAGGGUAUGUAAUGACUAUUUGCCACAGACUGAGAUACAGUAAACAUGUUUAAAAACAGUGCUUUUCUGUCAGUUUUUAUUGAAUUUUUGUUACUUUAUUAUUUUUUUGUUCACAUUAUAUCUUUUUUUUUUUGGUUGACCUCUCUCCCUGUAUGAUUAUAUUAAAGUAUAACCAGACAUUUGGCGUCUUCUUUUUUUUUCUUAUAUUUUAUUUUUAUUUGUAUUGUGUUGCAUUUUAUCUGCUAUGACUAAUAAUAAAUAUGCACAGUAACAUCUUGAGGAAGUGUGUUACCUAAAAAAAAUAUCAGGUUGAACUAUCCACCCCUCGCCUUUAAAGAUGAGACAAAUAAUAAUAUCUGCAUGUCUGUGUAAUUGACGCUUGCUCUCUUGGUGUGCCAUUGUUGACGGGGCUCUAGCAACUUCGCUGUGUUUUUUCGAAGCCAAAUCACUUGAAAUGGGGGGGGGCUGUUUUUACUAUAUGGCAACCUGGAAACUUCCAUCUCAACUCCCGGACAGCAGAAUGGAUUCCACCGUUGGCGCCACAAACGUUUCAUCUGCUGAUGACAAACAACGCUAUGUCUGUAUGCAAAUGUGUGAAGUUUACCGAGAGAUUUCAUGUCUUGAUUUCCUUUUAGGUGGGGAUUACAAGGGCUUAUCGACUGUAGCAUGUCUAUUAUAAGUUCUUGAGUGGGAUUGGGGGGAGGGAGGUUGCGUUCAUGUGGUAUUUACAGAUGUGAUUGUACUGUUUUGUAUUGUUGUGUAGGAAAAGAAGUGUCAUGUAUGCAUAUUUUCAAUAAAGUAUUCAGGGUUUUGAAAAAUAA